UUCUCUCCGCGAAGAUGGCGGCGUGUAGACGUGUGCAGCGACUGCUGCUGUUGAUGUGCAUCUCCGGAUGCAUGUCUAACGCUCUAGAAGGCAAAUCGGACACUGAAAACGCCGCGGAGAAUCCCGAAAGAGGCAGAAACGCGGCGGGAGAGGGGAAAGCGGCGGCGCCGGACGGGGCCUCCUCGGUGCGGCGCGGCGGCGGCUGGAAGCUCGCGGAGGAGGCGGCCUGUCGGGAGGACGUGAGCCGGAUCUGCCCCAAACACUCCUGGAACAACAACCUGGCCGUGCUCGAGUGCCUGCAGGACCGAAAAGACGAGACAGAGAUCGCUUCAGACUGCAAUCAUCUGCUGUGGAACUACAAGCUCAAUCUGACGACUGAUCCGAAGUUUGAGUCUGUCGCCGUUGAGGUGUGCAAGACCACCAUCAGUGGGAUUAAGGAGUGUGCCGCUGAGGAACGUGGGAAGGGUUACCUGGUGUCGUGUUUAGUAGAUCACCGCACCAACAUCUCCGAGUACCAGUGUAACCAGUACAUCACCAAGAUGACCAGCAUCGUCUUCAGCGAUUACCGGCUGAUCUGCGGCUUCAUGGACAAGUGCAAGGACGACAUCAACAAACUGCACUGUGGAAGCGUCAACACUGGAGAGAAGGACAGCCACUCUCAGGGCGAGGUGAUCGCGUGUCUGGAGAAAGGCCUGGUGUCUGAAGCCGAGGAGCAGCCGGGUCAGUACACCAUCAAAGAGGACUGUAAGAAGUCAAUCAUGCGCGUGGCAGAGCUCUCCUCCGACGACUUCCACCUCGACCGCCAUCUCUACUUCGCCUGUCGGGAAGACCGCGAGCACUUCUGCGAAAACACUCCAGCAGGAGAAGGAAAGGUCUACAAAUGUCUGUUCAACCACAAGUUUGAGGAGAGCAUGUCUGACAAGUGCAAGGACGCUCUUUCCACUCGUCAGAAGCUGAUCGCUCAGGACUACAAGGUCAGCUACUCGCUGGCUAAAGCCUGCAAACUGGACCUGCGUAAAUACCGCUGCAACAUGGACACGGCCAUGCCUCGAGCCAGAGAGGCCAAGCUCUCGUACCUGCUGCUGUGUCUGGAGGCAACCGUGCACCGAGGUCAAACCGUGAGCGGCGAGUGUCAGGGAGAGAUGCUGGACUACAGGCGCAUGCUGAUGGAAGAUUACUCGCUCAGUCCCGAGAUCGUGCUGCAUUGCAGAGGGGAGAUUGACACGCACUGCUCCGGCCUGCACCACAAGGGUCGAACCCUGCACUGCCUCAUGAGGGUGUCCCGGGACAAGGGCAUCUUGGAAGGCCACUGCCAGAAAGCUCUCCAGACACUGAUACAGGAAACAGACCCCGGGGCCGACUAUCGCAUUGAUCGCGCUCUGAACGAGGCCUGCGAGUCUGUCACCCAGACCGCCUGCAAGCACAUCCGAAACGGAGACCCCAUGAUCCUGUCUUGUCUGAUGGAGCAUCUGUACACUGAUAAGAUGGUUGAAGACUGUGAACACAGAUUGCUGGAGCUGCAGUACUUCAUCUCCAGAGACUGGAAACUGGACCCUAUCCUGUACAAAAAGUGUCAGAACGAUGCGGCCCGCAUCUGUCACACUCACGGCUGGAACGAGACCAGCGAGUUCAUGCCUCCCGGAGCCGUUUUCUCCUGUCUGCACCGGCACGCUUACCGCACCGAGAUGCAGGGACGACGGGCUUCAUCAGAAACUUCUGAAGUGAGUUUGAAUUUAUCUCGGGACUGUAAGACGGAGGUGCAGAGGAUCCUCCACCAGAGGGCUCUGGAUGUGAAGCUGGAUCCGGAGCUGCAGCAGCGAUGCAUGACAGACCUCGGGAAGUGGUGCAGUGAGAAGACUGAAGCUGGACAGGAACUGGAGUGCUUACAGUAUCAUUUAGAUGAUCUGGUCUCUAACUGCAGGGAUGUGGUGGGAAACCUCACAGAAUUGGAGUCUGAGGACAUUCAGAUCGAGGCCUUAUUGAUUCGAGCCUGUGAGCCUGUGAUCCAGUCCUACUGUCACGAGGUGGCCGAUAAUCAGAUAGACACAGGGGACCUGAUGGAGUGCCUCGUUGCCAAUAAGAACCAGAAGGAAAUGAACGAGAAAUGCGCCGUUGGCGUCACACACUUCCAGCUGAUCCAGAUGAAGGACUUUCGCUUCUCGUACAAGUUCAAGAUGGCGUGCAAGGAGGACGUGCUCAAACUGUGCCCCAACAUCAAAAAGAAGGUGGAUGUGGUGAUCUGUCUGAGUACCACAGUAAGGAACGACACUUUACAGGAAGGCAAAGAGCAGCGAGUUUCAAUGAAGUGUCGUAAACAGCUCAGAGUGGAAGAGCUGGAGAUGUCUGAGGACAUUCGUCUGGAGCCGGAUCUGUACGAGAGCUGUCGGCAGGACAUCAAGCAGCACUGUCAGAACGUGGUGUUUGGAAACGCUCAGGUGAUCGAGUGUCUGAAGGAAAACAAGAAGCGGCUGACACAGCACUGCCAUCAGAAAGUCUUCAAACUGCAGGAGACUGAAAUGAUGGACCCAGAACUCGACUUCCAGCUCAUGAGAGUCUGCAAGCAGAUGAUCAGGCGUUUCUGCAGUGACACAGAUGCAAAGAACCUCUUACAGUGUCUCAAACAAAACAAGAACAGCGAACUAAUGGAUCCGAAAUGCAAACAAAUGAUUACCAAGAGACAGAUCACCCAGAACACAGACUACCGUCUGAACCCUGUGCUGAGGAAGGCUUGCAAAGCCGACAUCCCAAAGUUCUGCCAGAACAUUCUGAACAAUGCCAAAGACGACAACGAGCUGGAGGGGCAGGUCAUCUCCUGCCUCAAACUCAAAUACGCAGACCAGCGUCUCUCUCCAGACUGUGAGGGCCAAAUCACUGUCAUUCUGCAGGAGUCCGCGCUGGACUACAGGCUCGACCCGCAGCUGCAGCUCCAGUGCACUGAUGAGAUCCCGCGGCUCUGUGCGGAGGAAGUAGCGGCGCAGGAGCAGACGGGUCAAGUUGAGGAGUGUCUGAAAAUCAACCUGCUGAAGAUCAGCCAUGAAGGCUGUAAAAAGGAGAUUCUCAACAUACUGAAGGAGAGCAAGGCGGACAUCUUUGUGGAUCCAGUUCUGCACACAGCAUGCGCCCUGGACAUCAAGCACCAGUGUGCUGCGAUCCCACCGGGCCGAGGAAGACAGAUGUCGUGUCUGAUGGAGGCUCUCCAAGAUAAGCGUGUGAGACUCCAGCCGGAGUGUAAGAAGAGAUUACAGGACCGCAUUGACAUGUGGAGUUACGCCGCUAAGGUGGCGCCAGCGGAAGGUUUCUUGGACCUGGCCGGGCAGGUUUUCACGUCUCCUGCCAAGUCCUACAUCCUGAGCAUGUUGGCGAUGUGCGUGGUCCUGCUCUUCCUCAUGGGUCUGCUGUGCGGCCGCAUCACCAAACGCGUGACGCAGGAGUUGAAGGACAGAAAACUUGGUCACCCAUGGGUUGCACCCAUAAGCAAGGACAGGAAAGGAUACAUUCAAAUUGACCAGCAAGAAUAGACACUUUUAUUCAGAUCAAAUCACAUGGCUUGUGCUUUUAAUAUGCUUUUGCAUGCAUUCUUUUCAGGCCAUUAUAUUGAAUGCAUCCAUGUUGGGAAAUUCUUCAAAUCAAAAGCUGAUGCACUAAUGGCCUUUUAGCUUCAUGUGCUUUCAAUGCUUUGCAUAUUCCUCCUUAUGAAAGCUUCAGUUCAUGACUGUGAUCUGGGUUUCCUGCAAAGAUGAAGAAACUGGUUUCAGCCAAAUAUUUUACGUUUUCAUUCAAAGCGAUAAACCAGUACAGCUCUUCCCUCCACUUCCCAAUUCAGUUGUUCAUUUAUCAGCGGAGAAAUAAGGUCCUUCAUCUACCUGUAAAUAAUUUCUUUCAGCAGUUAUUGAUCUAUUUUUAUGCAUUGAAGGAGGUGUAUAAUUGGUAUAUAUUGAUACAAACACCAUAGCUGAAAUAAUUUGUAUAUAUUAGUACCAUAUUUCAGUCACAUGGUCUGACGAGUUUGAAACCGUUGUCUGUUUGGACUCGACAUUAGAAUUCAAUGGCUUGGUAUCCGGUGAUCUAGUUUUGGUAGCCACAUUUUUUUUUUUUUUAUAAAAGUGUGUCUGGUUCAUAUUUCCUAAAAUACCCCAAAACAAAAAAAAGCCAUAAAAUAGGCUUAAUUGUCUUUAAGCAAAAUUGUACACUUGCGCAAGUAUCUGACCAAGCCAAUCAAAAUUAAGUGAAAUUAUUAUUUUUAUUCCUUUCUUUUUUUUUUUUUGCGUGUGUCUAUGUGUAUCUGAACAAGCCAAUCAAAAAUGGUUAAUAAAUAUAUGUGGCCAAUCAAAUAAAUGGUUAAUAUUUUUAUUUUAUUGCCUUGGGAAGAUACUUAAAUUAUUUAGCCUAAUUUUAUUUGGCUUGGCAAGAUAAGAAAAAAAAAAAAGUAUUUUGAUUGAUUAAUAUUGCUUAAUUUUCAAUGGAUUUGUCAGGUACUUAAAUGGUUUAAAAAAAAAAAGUUGAUUGACUUGGACACUCAAAAAAAUCUAAAGUUAAGCAAAUUUAGUAUCGGAACAAGUCAAGCAACAUAAAGCAAAAUUAUAAAUUUUUUGUGUAUCUGACCAGGCCAUUCUGAAUGUUUCAUAUUCUAUUGAGAACUCAAACUGCAAGUAGUUUGUAUCAAUUAUGGAAUCACAUUGCGGUUUUAAGGCGAGACGGUAUAUGGCUGUCGUGUUUUAUUUUUGAACGAGUUAAACUAGCACUGGAAAACUCCCUAAAUGUGUGUCAUCUGCUCACAACCACUGCUUCCUGUCUGUCAAACUGAUAUAUGACAGAAAUGAUUAAUUGUUUUUGUAUUUACUUUCUGUGCACAACUUUAUUAUGAAAAGUAUUUUUCCUCAAAUCUGAUUAAACAGUGUACUAAAUCGAUAUAACUCAAUAACUGCGCUUUUGUCAUUUCUCAUGUCUGGUUCUGUACGAGUUGAAUUGGACCGUUGUUAAUAAAAUUGAUCUGAUGGUUUGAA